AUGAACACGUUCACGCUCCGCAGGCUUGCAGCCGACCAUGCCAUUCUUCAUUCCACUGAGCUUCCGCCUUGCUAUCUUUUCCCCUUCUCCAGCACAGAUUUAUCCUUCGACGAUCUCACACAGCUCAACGUCCUCAUCACCGGGCCAACUGGCACACCUUAUUCACAAGGACUUUGGAGGCUUUCCUUGCAGAUACCAGAAUCAUAUCCCAAAGCGCCUCCAAAGGCAACUUUUCGGACUCGAAUCUGGCACCCCAACGUCGACGAGAACACCGGAAGUGUCUGCGUAGACACUUUAAAAAAGGACUGGCAGCCAGAACUGACUUUGCGGGAUGUGUUGAUCACAAUAUACUGUCUCCUCAUCCAGCCCAAUCCAGACUCAGCUCUCAACGCCACUGCAGGCCAUCUUUUACAGGACGAUUACGACUCAUUUGCUCGUCAAGCGAGACUCAUGACUUCUAUUCAUGCGAGCAUAUCUCCUGAUCUUUUGAAUGGGGCAAUGGCGGCCAAGAGGAGAGGGGAAACAGCGGGUACAGCUAUUGGGAAAGACCCCGAAGAGAGGCCGACAAUGAAAGGAAAAACUGCUAGCUCAUUGACAGGUGUGGUAAUGAGAAAGCUGCCCGAGCGUAUCACCAGUACGCAAUCGGCGCCAAGCAAUCCUUAUCAAGCACUGGAGGGCGAGGAUCCGGCCAGCGAGGAUGAAGAUGAUAAUACUGCCUCGAAAGAGAAUGAUCUAGCACGAAGCCCACGACGACCAUCAUUGGUCAAGCGUCCACUUGUCGAUCGCCUUAUUGACGAGCAAGAAUACGACGUGACCGAUACACCGUGUUCGAAUUCCUCAAACCAGAAUGUUUUAAAACAUGUAAAUCCGUUAGCAGGCAUCACAGCGUCAGAUGAAUCUCGGAAAGGCUUACAAUUAGUUGAACGGAGUCAAAGCGUGAACAUGACUGGCCGUGGUCUCCAAGAAUCGGGGGGCAACGGCGUGGGCAGUGUCGAUUUCGAAGGAAGGCCUACUAAGAGAAUCUGCUUAGACUUAGGCAAAGAGAACACGCUUGAGACUUGGGGGCCUAGAAAGGUAGUCGAAAAGCCUUUACCUUCAGCCAAUGCAGCGACUAAGGUUGGAGAGCCUGCCUCAAGAAAAGCUUCAGCGUCGAGCUCCUCAGGUACGAGCAGUGGGAAAGGGAAGUCAAGGGUGGGAUUGCGACGGCUGUAA